CAGUAGGCUCUGAUCAGAAAUGAUUUGUUAUCAGUUGUUUAAUCUUGGAUUUAAAUUGUAGCUAGUACCAAAAUUUUAACGUAACUAUUUGGCUAUGUUCGCCCUGCGAUGUGGCACACAACUCUCCCAGACACUGAAUCAGUACCAAAGGAAGAGAACGGAUGCAGCUAUAAGCAAUGGAAGCCAAAGAACUCUCAAGGUCGCUGUUGUGGGGGCGGCUGGUGGCAUAGGACAACCCCUGUCGAUGUUGCUCAAACACCAUCCCCACAUAGAAACCCUCGCCCUGCACGAUCGGAAAAAUAUCAAGGGCGUUGCAGCGGAUCUCUCGCACAUCGACACAUCGGCGGUGGUGCAGCCUUUUAAGGGCCCGAAGAAACUGGCCCUGGCCCUGAAAGGAUCGGACAUUGUGGUGGUGCCAGCGGGCAUGCCUCGCAAGCCAGGAAUGAGCCGAGCCGAUCUGCUCGAUGAGAACGCCAGCAUUGCGGUGGACGUGGCCAAUGCCGUGAGCGCGGCUUGUCCUGGUGCUCUGUUGGCCUUCAUAACGAACCCGAUAAACACAAUUGUUCCAAUUGUUGCGGAGAUCCUUAAGUCCAAGGGGGUUUACGACCCCAGGCGUCUCUUCGGGGUCACCACUCUCGAUGUAGUCCGCUCCAAGACCUUCCUUGGAAAGAGCAUCGGGGUGCAGCCGGAAGAGGUCACCAUUCCGGUAAUAGGCGGACACGCUGGCCUCACAAUUCUUCCGGUUCUCUCGCAGUGCGAUCCCCCUUUUGACGGUGAUGAAGCUGAACGACUGUCUCUGUUCCAUCGCAUCCAGGAAGCCGGCACAGAGGUGGUCAAGGCCAAGGCCGGACUUGGCUCGGCCACCUUAUCGAUGGCCUUUGCUGGGGCUCGCUUCGUGGACUCCCUUAUCAGGGGCAUCAAGAACGAGGGUGACGGAUGUAUCGUCGAGUGCACCUUUUGCGAAUCGGAUGUCUCAGAGGCGAAGUUCUUUGCCUCGCCAGUCAUUUUAGGGCCACAUGGUGUCCAGGAGUAUCUCGCAAUUCCAUGCCUGGAUGAUCUUGAGAGAGCAGCUUUGAAGUGCCUGAUUCCUAUCCUAAAUCAAAACAUCGAAGCUGGUAUCAAAUAUGGCCAAAGUGCAGUUCUCUGUGGGUUCUAAGCAACUUUUCUCCCUGAACUCAUUCUGUGGAGAUGUGGCGUAAUCGUAAUUGGCCAGAGCCUUUGUAUACUUUUCGAUUUCGUUUAUAUUUUUGUCUCAAAAGUCGUAAAAUUUCUAGGAAAAUGUAUAUUUAAAUCUGUAAUAAACAAAGCAAAUAUUCUCCAGA